AUGGAAAAUAUUCAAAUAAAGGAUAACAGAGGUAAAAGUGAUCCAUGCUCAUGUAGCUUUAUAACGCAAGAUGUGAUAAAAAAACUUGUUGAACAGUGUGUAAAAAAGCAUGCGAGUAUAAAAAACUACAUAAUAUUAACUGCAAGUGAUAAAAUGUUAGGUUUUUUAUCGGAUUAUUUCAAGCUUCAAGUCCAAGUAAAUACAGGUGAUAAUAAAAAUACUUCGCUAUACUUUUUCGUAAAAGCCGUAUCAAAAUCAAAUGAAGCAAAAGCCGCAAUGGUAAAUGAUAUGAACUUGUUCGAAAAAGAAAUCACUUUUUACACCGUGAUAAAGAACAAAUUAAAAUCACCUGGUAUCAAUCCUUGGAGUCCAAAUCUAGUUUUAUCAUUUAAAGAAGCAAUGAUAUUUGAAGAUUUAUGUUUUCUUCAAUAUAAAACGCGAGACAAAUUUAAAACUUUUGACAAAGAGCAUACCUUGCUCGCUUUGGAAACAUUAGCAAGGUUUCACGCUGCUUCAAUAAAUUACGAAGAGAAAAAAAGACAUAGCCUAGGUAAGAGCUAUUGCAUAAACGAUGAAUAUAAGGACAAUCUAAAUGAAGGUGGAUACCGAGAAUCAGACCCAUGGUUUACACAGUGCAUGAAAGGUGCGCUAGAAACCGUCAAAUUAUUUUCCAAAUAUGGCGCUGAUAAGAAAUACCUUAGUUUAAUAGAAAACCGUUGGUGCGACAUUUGGAAAAGGGCUCUCCAUCUUGCUGAUUUUUCGUUAAGUUACAGAAACGUAAUAUGUCAUCGAGAUUUAUGGAAUAACAAUAUUUUAUUUAGAUAUAAAAAACAUGGUACAGAAUUAGUACCUGAUGACUGUUUAUUUGUUGAUUUUCAAGCAGUCAGAUGUCAGCCCCCAGCUGGUGAUGUUAUGUUACUCCUUUACUGUAAUUUAAAACCUAAAUUCCGCGAAGAAAAUAUGUCUAUUUUUAUAAAUCAUUACUACAAUGUAAUGAAAAAUAUUCUGGGUAGUAAUGGUAUAUUAAUCGAAAACAUUUUAACAAUCGAAGAUUUUCGUAAAUCUUGUGCUGAACAAAGAUUAUGGGGCCUUGUAGUGAGUGCGUGUCUCGUACCACAAUUUUGGAUCGACGAUGAACUUAAUACAAAAAUAUUCAGCGUCACAUCUAACUUUCAAGAAAUAAUGACAAAAGACAAGACGUCAUUUAUUAAGAAGAUGAUGGAAGAAAGUACUGAUUACAAAGACAAAGUUUUACCUAUUCUAGAAGAAAUUGUCGAACAAUAUUGUCUUUAGUGGACUAUGAAGAGAUAGAUAUACCAACAU